CACCAUAUAUGUAGAUAUGCAUGUGAUUUAGCUAUAGAUUAAAUUAAAAGAUAUGGAUGAGGAGGAAGAAGUGAAGGUGCAUGGAUAUUGGGGUAGUCCAUAUGUUUACAGGGUGAUCUGGGCUCUAAGGCUUAAGGGUGUUAGAUACAAGUACAUUGAAGAGAAUCUGUGUAGAUCCAGAAAGAGUGGGUUGUUGUUGCAGUAUAAUCCAGUUUACAAGAAGGUUCCUGUGCUUGUUCACAAUGGGAAUCCCAUCUCGGAGUCUCUUGUCAUCCUAGAAUACGUCGAAGAAACAUGGCCACACAAUCCAUUGCUACCUCAAGAUGCAGCUGACAGAGCCAUGGCUCGAUUUUGGAUGAAGUUUGCAGAUGACAAGGAUUCUCUCUUCCUAAAAUUCUUUGGAACGGCCGAGGAUGAAAGUGUGAAGGAAGAGGUGGUGGAAGCUCUAAAGAUGUUAGAAGAGCAAUUAGGUUUGGGAGACAAGAAAUAUUUUGGGGGAGACAAGAUUGGAUUGGUGGACAUAACAUUUGGGUGGCUUGCAAUCUGGUUUGCGGCCAUGGAAGAAAUCAUGGCAUCCAAACUUGUGGAACCAAACAAUUAUCCUCGUCUCCAUUCAUGGGUCAACAAUUUCAAGGAACACCCUGUCAUCAACCAAAACCUUCCUGAUUAUCACAAACUUUUGCGGUUUCUCCAACGCAAAAGGGUUUCAUGUGCCUCGUUGAACUGAGAAUAUGCACCAAGGAAUGGAAUGAAGUGAGUUGUCAUCUCCAAAUAAAGACGGUUAAUUACACGUUGACCGUUGUUAGUUAUGUCCAAAUAGUUUUGCUGUUUGCAGACUCUUCUAUAUUAAGUGCUUGUUUGGUUGUAAUGUUUAAGUGAAUUAAUUUGUUCAGUUAAUU